GUGUGAAGCAGCGACACCACCAAGCGUAGGAUCCGGGAACCAGUUUUUCAAUCCGGAAGUUUUCUAUAAGACACGCGUAGAGGUGCUGGACACUGACGAGUUGAUUCUACAAAUGUGCCGUUUGUGAUUUUCUGCUGAAAGUGACAACCCGAUAAAACCAUGCCUCAGGAUAGCCUGGAUCACGAAGAGGUUGUGAAGGGACCCCCCGAAAGUGGUGUGGAUAUUACCGAGCAGCUGCGUCAGCUGGAUCUGGCCAGAGAAGAUGACACUGCUGACAUACAGCUGCAGUCGGACAUUGACAGGAGCGCCACCGAUCUGCAGAGACUGGUCAUCAGGGAGGAAGCCUUACCACGAGGAAAAAGAGAUGAGGUGGAUGGACUGAUCCCCCGGAUGAUGAGACAUGGGGGUGUUAUGCAGACAGAUGGCCAGGUUCCGAUGCCCCCUCCUCCUCCAUACCCCGGUCAUCCCUAUCAGCGUCCAUCUCCCCAACAACGAUCAUCUCCCCCACAGUCACAGCAACAACGACGGCAACAUCAUCAGCGUCAACAGCCGGUUCGAGCUGGACAACAGUACAUACCUGCGCCUCAAGUUGUUUCUCAGGACAAUUUUCAUUUAUAUGGUGUAACUGGUUCAGGAUCAGCUCAAAAUAUUCAUCCAGAAGGCCAUGUUAUGAACCUAGGAACACCGGAGCCUCGUCAGACACUACCACCGCCCUAUCCUGGAGGAGUUCCAUCUGGAACUCCAAGAAGACUGGACGGUUCCCAGAUAGGUAUGGAGCUGUCUGAAACAGAGAUGGUGAAACUAGACGAUAUCAUCUCUAUCCUCAAAAAUGACUUGGAGACAGAUGGAGACGGAUCGAUACCCCGGAUGUCCAUUCCCAGCAUGGAAUCAACUGCUGAUAAUUGUGGUUCCAUUUUGAAGAACGGUCAAUCUGAUUGGUUGCAGACUACUUCACAUCCCUCCAGCGGGAGUUCGCCGGCCCAGGUGGUGCCGAACACCGACGACAUCACAUCACAGAUGCUGUUGCCGAAUUCCACAUCCAGUGAAGACCACAUAAUGGAUUUUUUGCUUUGUGGAAGUCGGUCAGGAUCGUUGCAGUAUCCUCAUUGUAGUGAUGGGCAGCUAAAUAAACACACUGUCAUACAGAACAAUAGUCCAGCUUACCCACCAACAGUGACCUAUCCCUCAUCUAACAGCCCUUGCCUUACUUUCUUUGAGGACAUUUCAGCUCCAAAGCCAGAGUUCUCAAGAACUGACACUCCUGACUUUAAACAACAGAAUACAGGAUCCAGCCAAUCCAGGCUCUUGUUCCAACCAGGCAAAGACAGAGACUCCGUGUUGGGUCAUGGCACAAGGGUCAAGAAUGCAGGCUCAAGCCAUCAACAGUUUGGGUUCUUGCCUGAUCAAAAUGGUGCAUGUCAUGGAGAGGCUCCAGUCUGUCAUUCAAAACAAGAAAGGUUCUCGCCUAACCAGAACAAGACUCUAUGUGGACAAGUUCCAGUGUUUCGGCCACCUCCAGAAGCUCUCGUCUUUCAGCCACCCACGGAAAGGGUCUCACCAGAUCAAAAUAAGGUUCUAUUUGGAGGAGCUCCAGUCUUUCAGGGACCUCCAGAAAGGUUUUCACCAGAUCAGGACCAGGCAAUAUGUGGAGGAGCUCAAGUCUUUCAGCCUCCUCCAGAAAGAUUUUCACCAGAUCAGCACCAGGCACCAUGUGGAGGAGCUCAAGUCUUUCAGCCUCCUCCAGAAAGAUUUUCACCACAUCAGCACCAGGCAAUAUGUGGAGGAGCUCCAGUCUUUCAGGGACCUCCAGAAAGGUUUUCACCAGAUCAGCACCAGGCACCAUGUCGAGGAGCUCCAGUCUUUCAGGGACCUCCAGAAAGCUUGUCAGGUCUCCAGAACAACCCACCCUGUGGACAAGACCCAGUUUUUCCCUCGUGUCCAGACAAGCUCUCACCUGGCCAGGAUGGAAGGUGUACCAAUCCUGGAGAAGCUCCAGGAGGAUCUCCAUGUUCCAGUGCCUCCAGUCAUCAUAGUCCUCAUGGGCCAAGUCCAUCAUGCUCCACAGAGUAUUCUGAUGAGGACGAUGAGGACAUAAGUCAUGAUGAGGACACAGUGGUUCAUUACUUUGCGGAUCUGGGAUUUGAUCAGGUCCAAGAAAUCUACCGAGACAACAAACAAUUAGUUGAAAACAAUGUCAACAAUCUCAAUCAUCAGCGGCAGACUGCCCUCUACAUUGCUGUAAUGUUGCGGAAAUAUGAGAUCAUGGACUUCCUGCUGGAGAUCGGGGCCGAUCCCAACAUCCAGUGUGUGGAACGUAAGAGUGACACAAUGCAAGCCCCCCUGCAUAAGGCCAUCGAACUCGGGGACACACAGAUGGUGUGGCGUCUGCUGUCUGACGAAGGCCAGGACAUUGACCUGCAGCGUGUCUGUGAUAAGAAGACACCCCUGAUGUUAGCGCGCUCCAUGGACACAUACCGGGCAACGGGGAGCGAGAUAGACGUGAAAUUAUUCAUCUCCUGUUGGGCCACGGUGCAUGUAUUGAUAGAUUUAAUGAGAGCAGUGACAAAACAGUCCUCAUGAUGGCGAUCGAGACACGGGACGUGGUCCUCAUAGAACACUUUCUGGACAGUGUUGGUGUUGGGAGGUCACGUGACCUGAUCAACCGCGCCAACAAGGUCGGGAAUACGAGUCUGCACAUUGCGGCAGGUAUGAAGAUGCUGGACAGAGCGGAGCACCUGCGUCUACUGACGAUGCUCAUACACUUCGGUGGAAAUACUGAUGCAGCCAAUCAGGAUCUCAAAACACCGAAAGACUGGAAACGGAAUUUGUUUGAUGAAAUCAAAAGGCAGCAUCUGACGUACCAAACUCGCUACUAGAGACAAGAACAUCGAAUUCAACAUCUCGGGAAAUGUGACAGUCCGAAGUCAUAACUGAGCACAGAGUCCGAAACCCUUACACAAUCAAAUUAGCAGAUCUAAAGUUUGUCCUACUUUUGCAAAUCACUCCAAUGAAGAAAACAGAAGAGGUAGAAAUGAAAGGUGAAAAUCAAUCAAAUACCUUAGCUCUUCCGCCGUAUACCUCAGUCCUUUUUCCAGCAGUACCUGUCACAGCCCUGCAGAUGGCAGGUCAGUUUUUACCACACUCUAGAUUUUCCAAAUUCGUCCAUUAUAUUAGUGGUGCAAAAUGAGUUUCUAUUAUACCAGCUAGGUACACAUGAAGCCCAUUUCUGGGGUCCCCUGCCGUGAUAUUGCUGGAAUAUUGCUAAAAGCGGCCUAAAACCAAACUCACUCACACACUAGCCAGGCACAGGAAUUAUUUGCUUGUAUAUGAUUCUGCUUAUGUCAAGCUCCGCAGUUAGGGAGCAAUACUGGCCUUGUGUUAAUGACAAUUUCUGUGAAUUGCACUGAUAUAGAAUAACCACUAGAAUGCACUGGCUCCAAUCCAAAGUUUGGAACUCAUUUUAUUCCUGUACUGACUUCAACUACUGACCCACAUUCCCUGUUUGUAUCGAGAGUUGAUUCGAAAUAUUUUCACCUUUAUACUCAACAUCUGUUAAAAUGUUGAAUUAGUGAAAUAGCCUGAAAUGUAUUUUUUAUUACUGUAUACUGUGUUUGUUUUUAGUUGUUAAGAACAUAGUUUAUAUAUUCACUAUUCCAUUGUAAUGGUCAUUCCUUAUAGGUUAGAACACAGAACCAGUUUAUGACUGUUUUAUAUAGAGGAGUGAUGUGUCAUAAGAAAAUGAUACUUAAGAAGUGUUUGAAAGGGUUAUAACAUGGGAAAAUGUUGUAUAACAAGGAAAAGUAAUAAACCAUGGGAAGGUGUAAUAUUGAAAAUUGUUAUGACAGUGCCAUGUCUUGUAAGGGACCGUUCAUAAUUUAUGGCUAGGGGGGGUUGAUGAUGAUUUUCGUGGAAAGGCAUGUACAAUGUGAAUGACACCCCCCUUAAAAUUUAUGUACAAAAUAUGUGACCCCCCUUUGCCGUAAUUUAUAAUCAUAUUUUUGUCUUAUUAAUUGUGUACAAAAUUGGUGAACCCCCUAGUACAUGUGUACAAAAUUGGUGACCCCCCUACCUCUCAGAACAAAAUGGGUGACCCCCCUUAAAAUCAUCAUCACCCCCCUAGCCAUAAAUUAUGAAUGGUCCCUAACAUUGAAAAUAUUUAUUACAUGGAAAACAGUUACAUGAGCAUGAUGAAGCUGGACCAGCUCUUUCCUAUAACACCAGGGACAGUGAGUUAGUCUAAUGGGUAUAACGUUUGCUUUUUAUGCUGUAGACCCGGGUUUGAUUCCAUACAUGGGUACAAUGUGUGAAGCCCAUUUCUGGUGUCCCCCGCCGUGAUAUUGUUGGAAUAUUGCUAAACAGCGUAAGACUAUACUCAGUCACUGCUACGACUCUUCUUGUUUCAAUAACCGUUGAACCGUUGACAGUGUGUGCUUUUUCAAGUAAAAAAGUGUUUCAAUGAUAAUUAAAUAGUCACAGCAUCCAUUUCAACAGCAGGUUUGGAUUCUCAGAAAAUUAUGGCUGCAUUUUGGCAUCGGACUCAUCUAAGUCAUAUGCAAUUUUUACCUUUCCAUGGAAACGCAGAAUCCUUGAUGGAAAGCAGAACAUGUCCACGGAAACUGAAACAAUGAAGGCAAUUCUAAUAAUAUACAUACAUUUUGUUAUGUUAAUCUGAUGUACAUUUUCAUAGUCUGUCCUAUUUUUUUAAGAAAUUUGAAUGAUGACCACUGAUAUGUAAGUUGAACAUUCCGUCCUAGUGAAGUGCUAUGUAUAGAUACACUCUACAUUCUUUAAUCAAUUGUUUUAUUCGAAUUUUUAUGUCUGUUUAACUAGAAGUCUUCUUAUCAACAUGGUAAUAAUGUUCAGUUAAUUGCAUCUGUUUUGUUUUGAGAAUGGAAUCCUGUAUUAAAUUCCAGACGAAAUACAUUUGUUUUCAUUUUC